CAGCUUGCAGACGAAAGACCGAAGUCCUGUGGAAACAAAUGACUAACACCUGGCAAAACCGGUGAUAUUUUCAUAAUUUAUAAAAAUAAGCUGUAAUUUUCACGCUGUAAGUCCUCACGUACAGCAAACGCUGCUUGAUUUAAAGCCCAGUUGAUAACGAAUAUUAAAACAUCAAUCUUUAUUCAUUGUUGUUAUUGUGAAGCCCAAGGUAAAGACUUCUUUGAGACCUGUUAUUGGAGCCCGUCGAAAAUGUUUGGUUUUGGAAGCAAGAGUACACCAGAACCUGCUCCGGCACCUGACUAUUCCGUAGAGCUUGACUCUGGGCCCAGUAAUGCCCACUCCAUCAGUUCUUCAAACUUUAUGGAAUCUUCAUCUUCUGCUUCUGAAGAUGCAGAGCUACAGAGGAUCCUUAUGAGAGAACAACAACGAGCACAGUUUCAACAGCAAAUCAACAAAUUUAAUGAUAUAUGCUGGGAGACUUGCAUUGAUAAACCUACCAGUAAGAUGGAUAAUAAGACAGAAACAUGUAUAGUAAAUUGUGUCAACAGAUUCAUAGAUUUGAACCUUCUUUGUGCUCAGAGGUUUGCCCAAAUCCUCCAACAAAAUGGUGGCUUCUAAUCCAGUGUACAAGUUGCAAAAAGAAUAAAAUACUGGUAGCGUAA